AUGACCACGACUUCGCAAAACCCGACCGGGGUCUUGAAGAAGGCAGUUCUUGUUCAUGCGCCCGAUCUCGAUGUUUCCUGCCGUGCCCGCCUUCGUAUUAUUCAUGAUCAAGCUGCUAACCAAGGAUGCAUCUUUCUUUCGAUCACUGCAGAUCUGGCUAACCUGAGCGGCAAAUCACAGGUACUGACUUUGAAUAUCCCUCCAGAAAGUGUUGAACAAUGUGCUUUAGCUCGACAAAGCAAUAGUGAACUCUGUUCCUCCCACUUCGUUUCCAUGCUCCCGGCGCCUGUUACCAAUGUUUCGGCUGUCUCUACACUGAGUCUGAGCCUGGGUGCGACCGGCAUUGUUCUUUGUCCAUCUGAACUGGAUUAUAUAAGCCCAGCAAGACCAGGCGACCUUGAUAUCCAUUCAUUCGCGAAAAUCUGUCAAUCCAAAUUCCUCUACCUACACUUCUCCAGACGACAAUUUGUGAAUAAAGAAUUCGAUAAGCUGGAAAUCUUCUCCCGAGCCCUACGCACAAAGUGUCUUCAAACAGUGUCUUUUGACCACUCUCGCCAUGGCAUGAUCCAGAGAGAUUGGCGUGUUUUUAAUUUGUCGCCAAACCCACCCCCAUAUCGUCAAGAGCUCGUGUCCGAGCAUUUAGAGCAGGUGGAUCCACCCCUAUACUGUGAGUCCGUGUCAGAGCAGGUAGUUAGAAAACGGCAGAGAGACCCAUGGUCAGUGUCAUCUCAUGAUGAAAGCCGAAAGAGAGUACUCCUUCAAGCCCUUCCACCGAUAGGCUCUCCCACCGAAGUAAAUACGCCUAGUACUCGCUCCCCUUCACCAUCCUCCAUUCGCCCAACCAUCUUUCAGCGUGCUUCCUCCCCUGGCGACCCAGUGUGUAAGAAACUUGCGCGUCUAGAGCAUGAGCUCCGUGGUGUUUCUGAUGACCUGAUUCGCGAACUAUUAAUCCGAUCCGGACGAGGACAUCUGCUGGCCAUACCAAAGAACGUAGACCGUGACCUACCAUGCGAGGUUCAGGAAGUCGGUUCUUCUGAGAUCGAGAUGGUUGAACAACGCCUCAAACGAUAUGUCGAUGAAAUGAUCGAGCGCCGCCUCAAAUCAGGCAUACUGGACGAAGUUAUCGAUGGUGCUGCAAGCGAGUGUCGCGAUCAGAUCUAUGAUGAAUGCAAAACCAACCAAGCCGAAUUUCGCGAACAAGUCGACGAUGGUAACUCCGAGGUACGCAACACAACGAUGGAAUGCCUGAAGGAAAUAAACGAACAGGCACAAAGGCACAUGCAUGAAAUAGAAGAGCAAGCGCAACAGUGCAUGAAGGAUAUCGAGGAUCAGGGAAUCGAAGUUGAGAUGUCUGCGAAGAGGAGUAUGGCGGAGCUCAAGCGCUGGUUCAGUACCCCUGCUCAGUCCUUACCUGAAAUCAUGUCGAACCCUAGCCAUGAGAUAGAUACUACUGCCAGGCGCAGUUCCAUUUAG